AUGGGCUCCAGCAACUCCUCACUCCCUCACAUCCAUCUCCUCUGCAUGGAAGAGCGCUACAUCAAUGCCUUCGAAGCCGCACGUGUAGCCAGGAAACUCCCUUCCUCAUUCUCAAUCGAGAUUCACGACUACGCUCUAUCUCAGCUCCCCUCAUCUGUCCAGUUCGACACAAUCGUGUCUCCGGCAAACUCAUAUGGGCGACUAGAUGGAGCAUUCGACGAUGCCAUUUCCCGCGCCUUUGCACCUCGAGAUGAUUACCAUGCCCUCACAGGCGUUGCUCAAGCAAAACUCUACGAGCAAUGGCGUGGGUUUGCACCUCCAGGUACUUGCACUCUAGUCCGCAUCCCUGACGAAUUCCACUCUCGGUCACGAAACGUCUGGGGAACCAAACGAGUUGCUCUCUGCCCAACCAUGCGCAUGCCCGCCGAUGCCAACUGGGAUCGUGAGGUUGUCUACGAAUGCAUCUGGAGUCUUCUAUGUGCCGUGGACAACCACAACCGGGACGUAAGAGCUGGCAAAGCCCCUGAAGAAGAAGAAGAAAUUCGGAGUAUUCUCAUGACGCCGUUGGCAACUGGCGUGGGGCGCCUGAGUCCUGAGAGAUGGGCAGCUCAGGCUGUGUUGGCUAUGAAGCACUUCACCGAGGCGUCAGAGAACCCUGAGAAAUGGAGUUCACUUGGAUGGGCUGAGUUGGGUAAGAGCUGUGUCGAGACGCAGCUUACUUGGAAUCUAUAA